AUGGACGAGUCCGUGGCGCAAUGCUGCCGCCAAGAGCGGUGGGAGGAAGCAAUCGCAUUGAUAGAGGGUGGAGCGAGUGUGGUGGAAGCCUUUGGGAAUCACCAAUACACAGCAUUGCACUAUGCAGCCAUGCACGGUGCUGUGGCAUGCGCAUCCCUUCUCAUCGCCCAUGGAUGUAACGUCAACGCUACGGGGAAGGACGGCCUUGCUCCGCUGCAUUUAAGUGUACAGAAUCGUCACAAGGACAUGACAAGCUUGUUAUUGGACAGUGGGGCAGACAUCCACCUCGGUGACCUCAAGGGAAAUCAACCGUUUCUUGGUGCGCCAUGGCACUCGAUCGUGUACCCAUGCCUUAUCGCUCCAAUCCACGAUGCAAUUCGACUUUCCAUUCAAUCGAGCGUCCACCUGCAAGCUUCCAACCUCUCCCUCCGUCAAAAAGCAAAUCGUCUCCACUAUCGGAUUGCCCAAGCCAGGUCCAGUGUGUUCGACAGCCGAACAGUCUUGUUCGACAGUCGCAAGCAUCGCCAGACCAUUGAACACGACAUUGCAACGACGGACCACGACAUUCUCGUGACGGAGCGCAACAUCGCAACCAGCGAAGCGAUGCUGCGAGACAUGCAUCAUGACAAAGUGAAGUGCGAAGCAUUGCUGGUCGAAACGGCGGCGGCAACACUCGCAAAACAGGACGAAUCGCGCGCGCUUGGCAUCGCGCACGCCAACGUGAAACUGGAAGAAGCCCAGGUCGAGGCCGAUAUUGCCAUGAUCCAGACACACCUGCGAGACAAGUGCGAGACGCUGGCAUGCAUCUCCAAGUUGAGUGCCAAUGAAAUGCUCCAAGAACACAGUUUUCGAGCUCUUGCCAAGCUGUGCUUGCAAUCCGACUCGGUUCGCAAGCUGCUGGACAAUGGCCUCGUCGUCACUGUGCUGGAUGGGCUCGACUUGUAUCCAAAGAACGUUUCGAUUCAAAAGGACGGGACUGCGAUCCUGUUUCGGAUUGUGUCGACGACGGGAGCGAUUCCAGCCAGUCAUUUACAACGCACUUCAUUCACUGUGUCGUCGGCACUCGUCGUCCUGCGCAAUUCGUCCGUGAUCAACUACGCCACUGAUGCAAACGUGGCGGCCGUCGAGGCAUUUGUAGCGUUUUUCAUGGAUGCGGCUGUUGGUAGGACGUCGCCGCUCGUCACAUGA